GUAUGGCUGGCAGACAGUCUGCAAAAGUGUAUCUGGACCUCGUGUUACAGCCAUGCAGGGCUGUGGUAAUAUUCCUAAAAACAACAAAAUACCGCAUACGGUGGUAAACGUCGCGUUACGAAAAGUAAAUCAUUGAACGCCCUUGACCAUGUAACUCUAGUCAUCAAGCUCAAUCCCAUGCAGAAAGUGCCAGAGCUGGAAAACAAUGGAUUUGUCCUUACUGAGAGUGACGCUAUAUUAAAGUAUCUGGCUAAAACCUACAAUGUCCCUGAUCACUGCUACCCCAGACACCCUGAGAAGAGAGCACGGGUGGAUGAGUACACAGCCUGGCAUCACAUGAACACACGCAUGCACGCUGCCAAAGUCUUCAUCUUUGAAGUGUUGCUGCCACAUAUGAUGGGACAGGCCACAGAUCCUGUGAAGAUAGAGAAGGCGCUGGCCGAGCUGGAGGGCACAUUGGACAAACUGGAAAACAUGUUUCUCAAGAGACAGGCCUUCCUGUGUGGUGAUGACAUCUCAUUGGCUGAUUUGCUAGCAAUUUGUGAGCUCAUGCAGCCUCUGGGCAGCGGCAGGGAUGUUCUGAAAAACAGAACCAAACUGCUGAGCUGGAGAAACCGUGCGCUCGCCGACUCCUUUGAUGAAGCUCACAGCGUUGUCUACCAUCUCAGGGACAAAUCCAAAGCCAAACUGUGAAAAAUCAGGUCUCUCUACUUCAUAGUAAAUUCACUUUUGACAGGGAUAAAUACCAUUUCAAGAGUCUGUUAAUUCACUUCAUGCACCACAGUUUGUCAUUUUUCAGUAAAAAAUAUCUUAAAAACCUUAAUACAACAUACACUUACUUGAAAGCAAUUUUCAGAGAAUAUAUCUUAAUAUAUCCUAUUCAUGCCCAUCGGCAACUUAAAAAAUAAAAUAAA